AUGCUGACAAAAUUCGAUUUGUUUUAUCUGUUACUUCUGUUUUGUAUCAAUGGAGGCAUUGUUUCUGGAUGUAUCUGGCCAGAGGUGGAUGCCCUUUUCAUUCUGGAUUCCACACCUCAAGUCACCUCAUUUCAACAUCGUGCUGAAAUUGACUUCUUGAGACAGGUGAUGUCCACAAUGAAAAUGAGCUCGUCGAAAGUUGCGAUGGCUCAAUUUACUCCAUGGUCAAGCGUUGAAUGGAGUUUAGCGAAUGCAUCAUAUCCAGAAUCUCGGGUUCAAGAAGCACCAUAUUGUCCGUGUGAACAAGAUAACUGUCCAUCUACUAGUAUCAAUUCAUUGACUAGAUCCACUAUGAAUUCUGCAAAUCGAAAAUCAGUUCCAGAUGUUAUUCUAGUAAUUUCAAAUAGUUAUCAGCCAUUAGUAGAAGUUCUCCCAAAUGAGCCUCUCAUUUCUCCAACAUCCCCACUUCACGUCUUCUACAUUGUAAUCGGAUCAAAUAUGCAUGUCUCUCGAUUCGAACCAUCUGCUCACACAGUUGGUAUCAAAGUGACAGAUUUUGAACAUCUCCCCCAUUUGGUUGGACCUUUGUGCCAGAGUGUUAAUGGAUAUAUCAAAGGUACAUCCACUACUCGAUUCGGUCCACUUUGCUGGAUCAUCAUCGGCGCAAUCCUAUUCUUCGCUAUCAUUCUCGUUUCACUUCUGGCUUACGCAAUCUACACUUACAACGAAGAAAAUCGUCGCUUACGACACCGAAUCGCCGAAUCCGAACGUCUUCUCAGAAAGCAAAACGAAUAUUUCACUUCACAACUGCAUACAGAAAUGCAGAAACAAAUUGCAAACGGAGAAAAACAUGCAGAAGAAAUGAAAAAGCAGCAGGAUAUGAUGCAAAAUCAAUUCGAUCGUCAAUUGGAUAUGGCUUAUCAGCAAGGAUCGAAAAUUCAGAUUCUUCCUCCGUUCCUUCAGCCACCUCAUCAUCACGAACAUCAUUCAGAAAAUACAGGAAAGGAAAGCAACUUGAAAAUUCUUAACUCAAUGUCUUCUCAAUUUUCAGGAAGAGGAAAAAAUGAUCGAAGAGACUCCGGUAUUGCGUCACCAAGAAGUCCGAGAGAUGCAGGAGUCCAAGUGACUCCGAUUCCAACUCCAAUUGAUGACAAGAAAGAUGGAAGUGAGGAAGAUAAUGAGUCAUCUGGGACGUCUGAAAGUGUUUUCGGAUCUUCGGGAAGUGAUGUAACUGAUAGUACUGAGGAAGAUCUAGAGGAGUUGAAUAGAACGACACAUCUUCCGAGAGAUCAUCCUGCCAGAAAGCUGCCACCUAUUGAUUUGAUGUUCCUGGUUGACACGUCGAGCAGUAUUGGAAUUAAUAAUUUUGAUAUUCAAAAGAACUUCAUCUGUGAGAUUCUGAAAGACGUGGAUAUCGCACCUGGAAGAUCAAGAAUCUCAAUGGUCCAGUAUGCUCAAGACCCAAGUGUUGUCUUUGGAUUCGAUCAGUAUUAUUCAUAUGAAAGUGUCCGUCGUGGUGUUAUGAGACUCUCUUAUACAGGAGGUGCUACGAUGCUAUCCAAGGCGUUGGCUUUCGCCGGCGGAAUCAUGUAUCAUGAACAGAAUCUGAAGAAAACGACCAAAAGACAUCAAUUCCUACCCACUCCAAAACAUGACAGACUUCAGGUUCUCUGUCUUGUUUCCGACGGCUAUUCAGAUGACAGUGCCGAUAAGGAAAGCGUAAAUCUUCACGAUCGUCUACAUGUCAAGAUCUUCGCUGUUGUCACCAGAUCAUUCAACAAAGACAAGUUGGUACCGAUUACUCGAUUUGAUGGAAGUGUUUUCACUGUUCAUCAGAGAGAAAGUGUGGCCAUUUGGUUGUGGAGACAACAGAGAAUAUGGGCUGAACAUUAUAGUGCAUUCAUUGAGAAGGAGAAGAAGAGAAGUGCAAGGAGAUGA